CAGCUCUUAACGUCUCUGUUCUCUUACAGCUUGAGUGUGACAGACUCCCAACUCUUGGAUUUUUAUGUGGACAACCCGUGAAGGGAUAUAAGAUUUGAGGAUUGCAGUCUUAGCAGGAGAUGGCGCUGCCGUGCCACAUGACUGUGGUCCCUGAUGAUUUGGAAAAGAAAUGGAUGUUUCUCGGUCGUGGGGGAUUUGGUUGUGUCUACAAGGCCAGGCACAAGGGAUUGAUGUUUGAUGUGGCCAUUAAGCUACUAAAUGAUGAUGUUCGGUGUUCUUCCAGCACCCUUGUGCCCAAGGAGAAAGAACUGUCUAAAGAGGUUAAUCACAUGGAUCAGGCUUCCUGUGAGUAUGUGCUGAGGGUUUAUGGAAUUUUUGAGGGAAUUCCGCCAAUUGAUGGAUUCUCCAUGGUAAAAGGAAUAGUUAUGGAAUACAUGGACAGAGGAUCACUUGAGACCCUGCUAGAGGAACUGUCUGGCCCUCCACCGUGGCCCCUGGCCUUCCGCUUGGCCCAUGAAGUGGCUCUUGGCAUGAACUUCCUCCAUUCAAGGGAGCUUGUCCACCAGGACCUGAAAACAAGCAAUGUACUGCUGACUGAUGAAUUUCAUGCCAAGCUAGCAGACUUUGGUCUGUCCAGGGUUUCAAACAGUGCUAUUAACAGCAACAGAGAAACGACAGGAGAGGAAGGAGGCUCAUACAAGUACAUGCCUCCUGAGGCAUUGCUUAAUGCUUCUUAUAUACCUAGCCGUGCUUUUGACAGAUACAGCUAUGGCAUCUUUCUCUGGUCUCUUUUUACUGGGAAAGAGCCCUAUCCAAGGGCUCAAAGGGAUCUUGUGGAAAACAAGGUUGGCAAGCAGGGGCAAAGACCUCCCUGCGAUGCACUUAAACAGGAGAAGGUAGCAGGGUUAGAAGAUCUGGUUAAACUCAUGAACUCAUGCUGGGACCACGAUCCAUCCGAGAGGCCAACAUUUAAGGCCUGCCUUGAAGUUACUGAGAUGGUUUUCUUAAACCACAAGGGCAACGUUCGUGGUGCAGUCGAUCAAGUCUUGGUUUCACUGAAUCCAGAUCUAAUCAGAAGUGUGCCGCCCAGUAUUCCUCGUCAGACACCAGAACAGUCAGGGUCAGAUGAUACUAUGGAUGGUAUAACUGAGAGGUUUUCAACACAGGAAUUGGACAGUGGUUCUGCUGAAACAAUGAGUGAUAAGGAUAAAGCAAAGUUUGUUGAUGACAACAAGUUCACGUUAAUUGAAAAAGUCACAAAAGUAAUGGCUAUAGUAGCGGAACUUGGCGACAUGAUCCACAGCGAACUCCAGACAGAUAUCGCCGUUACACCGAAACCCCAGGAAAAAAUGAGAAUUCUUGUUGGAACUAUAUUACGUUCAAAUGUGGAAAGCGUCACAGCUGCCUUCUACAAUGCCCUCAAGAAACAUCAGCCUGGACUAGUGAAGGAGCUCGAUGGAUAAUUCUAAAGCAGGACGUGUCAAGGAUCUUGCUCAUCUUUUAUAUAUUGUAUGUUUGUGUAUAUGUAAUAUGUCAUUUAUUUUCCAUUGUUGACAUUAUGAAGCUUGUUUCUUCCAGUGGGUGAGAGAGAGAGAGGGAGAGAGAUAGAGAGAGACUGUGUAAGAGGCUUUUCUGGUUCAAUCCCUCAGUAACUGUCACAAGCAGUCAGUCAGUCAGUCACCUGCAGAUGAAGGUGUCGAGGGCAACCUAGGCAACAAAGUUACUCUCCCAUCUCAGUUUAAUGUACACGUUUGUUGUUCACUGUUCUCAUGCUGAAUAAUGGUCCAAACAAUGAACUGUUGAAUACAAAAAUUUUUGAAUACAUCUUAU